GUAUCAAGGAAAAGCAAGUCAAACUAACAAGUAACAACCCAACCGCAGAAACAUACAUAUAUCUACCGCCCCAGAUAUUCUCUUGCUUGUAUAAUUGCAUUUUCUCCUUUGAAAUUGAAUGCCAUUCACUUUCCUCUGCUAGAUCUCGGACCCAUUAGCCAAUCCAUAGCAACAACUCUCUCCCAGUGAAGAAGAGCCAAAAACGAAUGGCAAGGGCGGGAGGGAUCACAAACGCAGUGAACGUCGGGAUAGCGGUGCAAGCGGAUUGGGAGAACCGAGAGUUCAUCUCUCACAUUUCCCUCAAUGUUCGCCGCCUCUUCGAUUUCCUUGUCCAAUUCGAGGCUACAACGAAGAGCAAAUUGGCGUCAUUGAAUGAGAAGCUUGACACGCUCGAGCGGCGUCUAGAACUCCUUGAAGUCCAAGUGGGUACUGCGACGGCCAACCCGUCUCUUUUCGCCACAUGAUGUUCGGAACAUGUUGUUGUUGCAAUACGGCUUCUCUGUAAGCAUAAUCUUGUUUGUGUUGUGAAUGUGGACAGAUUUCUUACUUUGUGUCACCGUUUGAAACUAAUGUAUUCGGCUGUUUUCGUGGUUAUAUAACAUGAUCUGUGAUUCAGGUAGUAUGAAUUUUGUGCUUGUGGUCUA